CCGCCCCCCCGCGGCUUGGAUGAAAUCGUCCCCGGGCGUGGUUGAUCAGCCGCCGCCGCCAGGGAACCCUCGGCCCCCCGGGCGAUGUCGCAACCCGGCUCCUCUCCUCCCUCCUUCCAUACGCGUGCCCCACUCCUCCCCCCCCCUCCCUGCCUCACCGCCCCACCGCCUCGCCGCUCCUUCCUGCCCCCUGUGAGGGUCUCGCCCGGCCCGCCGCACAGAGCCUUCUCCAGAUCGGUCGCCGGCCCCGACCUGAUCUUCCCCCGGUCUCCGCUCGCGCGCGCACCACAUACACACACACACACAGCAUGUCCUCUUCCUUCCUCUCGCACUCGCACGCCUCGUCGGUGGAUGUCACAAUCCCGACUGUGCGGACCCGGACGUCUGGGUCGACGGAGAUCACGGUUUAUGACAUCGUGCUGAAUGGCAACCUCUUCUGCUGUGCUCGUUUCAGCGACCUCCACCGCCUCUACCAACUGGUUGAGACUCGCCUCCCCCCCAGUACACCCAUCUUCCCACCUAAGCAGGUGGCUGCUUCUUCGCUAAAGAUCAACCUCUUUUCCCUGUCUGGCUCGGACAUUGAGCGGCGGCGGGCGCAGCUGGAGAGCUGGCUUCGUGUGGCCAUUUUCUCCGCUCCGUCCCCAGCGGCUCCGGCCCUUUUCAACUCGCGCGACGUCCGCGCCUUCCUCUUCAGCCUCCGGGACUCGUUCAUCCGAUCUUUGACCACCAGGCAGAUGGUGCACGCCGUGGUGCAGCUUCCCCAAUGCGAUGCCGAGACGACGGUGGAGAACCGGCCGAUCAUUCUGCGCACUGAUAUUGCCAGCACCUGUCGCCAUUUCACUCUCGGUGCCCUUGAGGCCCGGGACAUGCCCUUUGGCCUGCUGGAGUGCAUGUCCCUUUUCGUCGAGGGUCCCGACGGCUACGAGUACAAGUUCCUCUCCGAGGACUAUCCUCUCCUGUCGAUGCUGGUCCCGGAAAUUGGCUCGCAAAACCCGGUGGCCGCAGCAAUCUACCUUGGGUCGCUGCCGGCGGACCAGCUGGCACAGCUCCUGCAGGGCGUAAGCGCACAGGCGGCAUCCCUGCCCCUGGACCAGCGCUCCCCGCCCUUCACCCAUCCCCUUCCCACUAGCGACACCGCCUCGACCAACGGUCUGAAUGGGGCAGCAUCUGCCGAGAGUGCCGAGCCACAGCCCACUUUCAACCCACCGCUGACCAUGCAGGACACCGGCUGGACGGAGCGUGUGCCGACCACCACGUCGGCCGAGCCGCAGCUUUCCUUCCAGCUCCGGCCGUGGCUUUUCUCUCCCGAUGCCUCCUCGGACAAGUCCUUUGCCUUUGAUGCUCUUGGCAUGUUCCUCAAUGACGAGCAGGCCGCGGCCAUGCUUUUUGCCGAGACCCAGAACAAGAUCCAAACCGGUGUGAUUCCACCUCUCUCCGCCGAGAUGCGCCGCAAGCUGAUGCGCCUGCCGCGUGAGAAUUUCACGCUUUACAUUACCUCGUACCUCGAGGAGCUCUCCCAAAUGGCCGGCUUUUACAAUCUCCUUAUCCCCAACUGCAGUACCAAUUGGUUCCCCUCCCAGGAGGUAGUCUCGACACUCACCAAGCCCGUGGACUCGGUGGAUACAGGCAUGGAGUUCCGCUGUAAUGUCAUUAUUGGACUGGCCGGCUUUUAUUUGGAGCCGAUCGUGGAUCCGGAGCAGACGGCACCGGGGAGCCCUGGGGCCACCACGCCGCCCGGGCCUCUGCCCACCUUCCACAUUGAGUGGAACCGACUGAAGUCCUGGUCUUCGCACUUUGCCAAGAGCCGUCUCGGACUGGAGUACAUCCCCCCGGCCUUUGGAAUGCCCACCUAUGACUUCAUCCCGCCGAGCCAGAAGCAGAUGCACAUUUGCCUGCAGACAUCGCAGCAUACGUCUCUCGUGUCGGCGCUGCACACGGUGGUGGCCAUUCUCCAGCGCCGCAUCAAGCUGUCCUCCACGUCGAACUUGUCGGCUCUGACUCGGCAGCCUUCAAUCUCUUCGUCGUCCACCUCGUCUCACAAGCAGCGGCGACUCUUCUCCCGGAGGUCGAGCACCAGCUCCUCCAAUAGUGCUGGCAGUGGCUCGCUCUCCUGGCUGCCUAACCGCUUCAGCUCCAUGCUAUCCUUCAGCUCAUCAAGCCCCGGGUCGCCAGCUGGCCGCGGGACCGCCCCCGCCGCCGGCGGCCAGGGGAGCACCAUCAGCAUUGGCGGCACGUCGCUGGCCGACACCAUCUCCGUGAGUUCGACUGCCGAGGAUCGUUACGACUCCCAGCUCUGACGUCCAAGCGUCAGCCAGAGGAAAAGCGCAAGGAGACAUGCCAUUCUGCCAGGCACUUCGUGUGACAUGCUGCCCCGGAGUGCCUCUCCUCUUCCGACCCUCUCCCCUCCCUAUCUACGCUGCGCUUCCUCAGCACCACACCGUGACCCGCGUUUGUGGUGAUAAUAAAAAUGUUUACACA